CUAGAACACACCUCCUUUAUAUUUUAAGGGCAUUACUAACUACAUGAACUUACCUCCACAAAGUGACAGUUUAUCAAUAUAAAAACACCACAGCACUAUUUCAAUUUCCAAGUGCCUGUCUAGCAAAUAUUUGCGAAACUAGACUAACCUGAUUAGCCACACACUAUCUAUCGCAUAGGAUACACUUUCUGUUUCACUACCUCACCAAUAAUUCAUAGCUCUAGUCAUUUCUGCUUUAAUGGAUUUAAAGUCUGACUAACCGGUUAUGUGUUAUAUUUUGAUGCAAGCAACAGUACUGUAGCGGUUACACAAGCAAACCGUAAACUCUGCUGAAACAGGCCCAGGAAGUAAACUGUUGCCUACAAUCCGUGUGUUUGUUGUAGUUCAAGAAAAGAGAUUUACGUUGGAGACAAUAACUCGCGUCAUCGUUUACUUUGGGGAUGGCUACCAAUGUUAAUCUGGACCCUAAUAAUCCUGAAGACAAGUGCAGUCGCUAUGAAAUUCUGGCCUGGAUCAAUGGGACUUUACAGACCAAGUUUGGUCAUGUGGAGCAGUCUCGUUCAGGUGCAUGUUAUUGCCAGCUUAUGGACUGCCUAUUCCCAGGGUCCAUCAAUUUGAGCAAAGUGAAGUUUCAGUCCAGCAGUAAGGUUGAUUUCAACAAGAAUUACACUCUCCUACAGGAAGCUUUUGGGAAAGUGGGUGUGAAAAAGUCGAUUCCUGUUGAGGAGCUUGUCAAAGGAAAGUUUAGAGCAAGUUUCACCUUUAUGAAGUGGUUUAAGAAAUUUUUCUUUGCCAAUGAGAAACCGGGGAGUAAGGUGUACAACCCAGUUGAAGCUCGUAAUGGUCAAGAUAUUGCACUGGUAGACUUCCCAAAAUCCUGGAAAUUGGCAAAUAAUUCUGUCAGAGUGAAAAUGGAACCUGACCGAAAUCUGGAAUGGAAUGGUAAAAGCCAGGUUGUGCCUUAUGAUCCUCAGUGGCAGCAAACCAUGCAAUGGGUCCGGCCCAGUCAGCAGGGGGACAAUUACGCUUACUGCACUUUAUGUGACUCCAACAUCAAGCUGCACCUAGGGUUUUUUGAUUUAAAGCGACACCAGCUGACAAAAAAGCAUGAAAAACAUGUGAUGGGAGAGUUGAAUUCAUCUAAGAGAAAGCAGAUUGAAGACUCUGUUUCAUUCAGUGAAACCAUGCUGCUAUUUAUUCAAACUCAAUGCCUCACCAGUUUACCCUCAAGGAUCAAUACUGUCUCCCAACUGACAGCAAGAUAUAUCUUAGGAUUGCAGUAUCCGGAUGACAUUGUUUCUGCUUGCAAGCUGAACCCGUACAGUGUUUACAUGUGUGGGCCGGUGCCACUCGAUGCAGAGAGUGGCGAAAAGACCACCUGCCAUGUGGUUCUUGUGGGUUAUUUUAAUGAAAAGUCAGCAAAGUAUUGCAUCCGUAUCCUUGAUGUUUUCCAGUCCUUGCCUGAAGACUCUGAAUGUUCUGUAUCUGGAUCUUUACUCAACAUCUUGCAAAAGUUUGAACUUCCUGCUAGCAACAUGAUAGCUUUCUAUAUUGAUGGUCAGGAUCAAAACUCUGAGAGCAUUGUCUCUCAGAUUCAGGAGCUCAACCCAAAGGUGCUUUAUCUUGCCGGACUUUACAGUUUACCAGACUUUGUCUGUAACGCUGGUCUAAUGGCGCACUCCAGUCAGGUUCAGGAGCUUCUUAUGAAUAUCUAUGGCCACUACUCAACUUGUUCCACCACGAAUGACAAUCUCAAAAUGCUGUUUGCUGGCAUCGAUGGACUAAAUGAACCCAAUACUUCCCUCGCAAGCAACUGUGCGGAUUUUUGUGUUCUUAUUCAAAGGAUGCUCGGAAUGUGGACAGAUUUGGUGUCCUAUUUUGCUUCCUGUGAUGAGAACAAUGAUAAAGUUAAGCACAUUUGUUCCCUGCUGGAAAACCUUAAAAUCAGAGUCACCUUUUUGUUUCUGGAUCAUGCACUUGGACCUCUCCACGCUUUCAGUCGGCGCCUGCAAAGUUGCGAAGUCUCAUCUCGUGCCGAUCUCGAGCAGAUUCUUCGAGACGCAAGCGGACUGCUACGUUCUUAUGCCUCCAGCUUUCUCCGCCCUCAAGCAGUCAUACGUUACCUAAAGGAACGAGAUGCAGCCAUUAUGGAGAACUCCGCCUUCCACCUCCCUUCUACCGAGCUUAGUCUAGGUGGAGCAGUAGAGGAUUUCAUCUCGGCAGAAGAAGAGAAGCUAGCAGACUCCCUGACUAAAUUUCAUGAUGAGUGUAUAGCGUUCUACAAAACACUAACUACCUCCAUUGCUGAGCGUCUCCCUCUGAGUGAUGGUGUACUCAGGACUAUGUCACAACUACUUAGCCCAGAAGGAAGGCUGAAGGUCACAGGAAAGAGUAUAGUUGACCUUGCUGUACAGUUUGGUGCAAAAUUCGAGGAUUCUGCUAAGCUCACAGAUGAGUUCUUGGAGUACCAACUUGUUGAGGAUGAUGAUGAACUGAAAAGAGCACACAAGUUUGAUGAUAGGCUCCUAGAUACAUCUUCAGCCCUUUCUCUGGAACGAUAUUGGGCUAAUGUCCUAAAGACUUUUGCACCCGCAUCCGUCUUCAGGAGGCUUGUUCUAAGUCUCUUGGCUUUGCCUUGUCCAUCUUUUGAAUUGGAAAAGAUCUUUGCUGAGGCUGUCGUAAAUGGUGAUGCUUGUCAUUGGGAAGAUAGUUCGGCUGAAAGUGUAAUUGAUAUCACAAAAGACCUGGAUUCUAAUGAUGAUGACUCCUUGGAGAUGAUUGAGGUCAGGAUUGGAUCGCCUAUUUUAAAUGGGACGAUGAAUGAAACCGUGGGCAGUGCAUCAGAGAUGGUUCUACACUCAGAGACAGUGAAGCCGUGUGUGGUGCUACUGGAGAAGAUCACUUGUCAGAGAGAAAUGGACUUGAAGAAAGAAGGAGCGGACGAUGAUGUAAUCUGGACUAGUAGCUCAUUUCCAAAGGGCUCUGUUAGGGGAGUAUACGGUUGGGAGACCAGCUUACGGCAGAAACCGCCGGCACGUACGAUCUUUCAGGCUGGUGCGGGCACCUGGACCAAGCCAGUCAACGUUGACAAGGACAGAACGGCCGAGCCGGCGAAGAAUGAAGUUUCAUCUGUGUCAAGUGUUAUAACAUCAAGCCCCAAACAAGGGAAAAGAGUUCAUUCGUACCAGGAUGGCAAGGGUUUUGGUGUUGGAGAGCUGGUGUGGGGGAAAGUAAAGGGCUUUUCCUGGUGGCCUGGGUUAGUGAUGGCAUGGAAGGGCAAGUCACCGCCCGUGUCAGUGAGGCGCGUGGAGUGGUUUGGAGAUGGCAUGUUUUCAGAGAUUCAUACAGAGGGGUUGCUGCCAUUCGCUGCAUUUGCAAAGUGCUUUUGUAGUAAAUCCUAUGUUGGUCUGCCAACUUACAAAGAUGCCAUUUACCAAAUCCUGGAGUUGGCAAAAGAACGCUGUGGAAAGACAUUUCCCACUGUGAAAAAAGAGGAUGAGACAAAAGCCAUGUUGGAUUGGGCAUUUGGAGGAUUCAAGCCAACAGGUCCCGAUGGCUUAAUGCCUGCUGUGGCAGACAGCUCUGCCAGUACUAAAACUGAUUCAUCAGAUUCAUCUGUGGCUGAUUAUCAACCGCCAGCUAAGAGAAAGUAUGUGUAUAAAAACAAACCACAAAGUCAACCAACUCCAAUUCAGGAUUACACCAGAGACCAAAUGGCUCAUGAGGUGAAAGUGAAGGGCAAAAAAAUUGAAGAUUUCUGUCUGUCAUGUGGAACCAGCAACAUUGAAAUUUUCCAUCCGCUCUUUGAGGGUAGCCUUUGUUUUAAGUGCAAGGAGAAUUUUACAGAGACCCUGUUUAGAUAUGACGAUGAUGGCUAUCAGUCAUACUGCACUGUGUGCUGUGCUGGUCUGGAGGUCAUUCUCUGUGGAAAUGCUAGCUGCUGCAGGUGUUUCUGUAAAGAUUGUUUGAAUGUGUUGGUUGGACCCGAAACAUUUGAUAAGUUGAAGGAAGUUGACCCGUGGAGCUGUUACAUUUGUCUGCCCCCCAAAAAAUAUGGCAUUCUGAAGCUUAGACCUGACUGGAGCGUUCGUGUCCAGGAGUUUUUUGCUAAUAACAGUGCAUUUGAAUUUGAGCCACACAGAGUAUAUCCUUCGAUUCCAGCUGAUAGGCGUCGGCCAAUCAGAGUCAUAUCCUUGUUUGAUGGGAUCGCUACAGGAUAUCUGGUUUUGAAAGAACUUGGUUUUAAGGUGGAGCGCUACAUUGCCUCUGAGAUCUGUGAGGACUCCAUCGCCGUUGGGAUGAUCAAGCACGAGGGCAAAAUUGAGUAUGUCAAUGACGUACGGUCCAUCACAAAGAAACAUUUGGCUGAAUGGGGGCCAUUUGACCUCCUGAUUGGUGGAAGCCCCUGUAAUGACCUGUCUAUGGUGAAUCCAGCCAGAAAAGGUCUUUUUGAAGGCACUGGUCGGCUGUUUUUCGAAUACUAUCGCAUGUUGACCAUGAUGCGGCCCAAAGAGGAUGAUGAUCGGCCCUUUUUCUGGCUCUUUGAGAACGUCGUAGCUAUGAGCGCUCACGAUAAGGCGGAUAUCUGCCGCUUUUUGGAGUGUAAUCCUGUGAUGAUUGACGCUGUGAAAGUGAGCCCAGCCCACAGAGCUCGAUACUUCUGGGGCAAUUUACCUGGAAUGAGCCGACCACUUGCUGCUUCGCUCAGUGACAACACUGACCUGCAGAACUGUCUAGAAAUUGGAAGAACUGCAAUGUUUAGUAAAGUUCGCACUAUCACAACAAAGUCCAACUCUAUCAAACAAGGAAAGAUGGGACCUCUGCCUGUGCAGAUGAACGGAAAGGAUGAUUAUCUUUGGUGCACUGAAAUGGAAAGAGUAUUUGGAUUCCCAAAGCAUUACACAGAUGUGAAUAAUAUGGGCCGCGGACAGAGACAGAAAGUUCUUGGGCGGUCCUGGAGUGUGCCUGUGAUCCGACACCUCUUUGCCCCCCUGAAGGAUUACUUUGCUUGCGAGUAAACCCAUUCUCUUUUCCACGAAGGUCCACAUGAGGAGGAAUCUCACUUUUCACCGUUCUCAAAGUAUCUUAGCUAUAUGAAUUUUAAUUUUUUUUUUGUUUCCACAGACUCAGACCUCACAAAAUAUUUUGUCUAUUUUUAAUGUUACAUUUGUUUAAAACGUUUUUAGCCUUAAUGCACAAAGGCUUUUGGAUCCGAUUUUAUACAUCAUGAGUACUGUAGUUUUUAAUACUUUUAAACAGAUUUAUCGCUGAAGAGAGCCACACGAAACUCCACCCACUACCUCAGUGGCAUUCAGUGAUUGGUUCAUUGUCUGGGGAAAUGCCUAUUUAUAAUUUAAUAAGUUAAUAUUGAUUCUAGUUAGUUAGAUCUAGUUAGUAUCUGAAAGACAAGGUUUUAAACUUGUCAACAUUUUAACAUCAGCUCAUGGCCUUAUUUAGGAAUGUCCAAAUUUCUAAUUGUGCAAAAAAUCAUUUUUUUAAUAAUUGAUCCUUUUUUAUUCCAUGGUGCUGUUUUAUAAUGCAGAAUGAUUGUCCAUCAUCACAAAUGUAUGCAAGACCUCCUUGGUUUACUGUUGUUUAGCAUCAUCUCUACACAGUUGUAAUCUACACAGUUUGAUUCCUAGUUAAGCAUUAAAAAAUCUACACCGUACUCUGCCCUAUAAUACAUUUACCUGCGAGUACACCAGGUACUCAAAAGCACAAAAUUUUGUCUGUGCCAUUUUAAUAAAAGCCCUAACUUGUUGGCAUAUAGGACUAUGGUGACUCUACCCUCUAGCUUUACAAAGGGUUUGCAUUUUUCUAAAAUGCUAAUUUUGAUUAUUCUAACAUUAAAUCUUUGUCCUGUUGUGGCUCUGCAGCCUUUUUGCACAACUUAAUGCAAUCUGGUUAAGGGCUUACAUUUUAAAUACAAGCCUACAUGUUAAAAGGCUAUAUUUUUAUGUAGGAAAAAUAGAAACGGAGUUUACCUUGCAUGAUUUUAGAUUACAUUAAAGGGAAAUUUAUUUUGA